CGGUAAUCCUUUUGACAGCUCGGCACUAGCAAUUUGACAAUUGCUGCCGCAGCGAUUGUUGCUGCCCCUACCGGAUCCAUCGGAAUGUUUCCAAAUACCUCGAGGAUGGGUGCGAGGCCCAGUACUGUGAAGGGGUUCUAUUCCCUGUUCUAUGAAUGGUCGGUGGCUAAUAGCCCUGCAAGGACGCACAGUAUAUGCAGUGGCUUUUCGCAAGCAAUUGCUUCCUCCCAGCGCGUGGUUCAAGCGCGUAGUUUCACCUGCUCGAGCAAAAGACAACAUGUGAAGAGCGCCCGCCCAGACGAUGAACCCCCUCUGUCCACCCACCUACGACAAAUUAUGCGCAAGAUGCCCCAUGCUGCAGUGGUAGCUACAACCAGCACUGGUGGCCCGGCCUCCUCCUCGACCUCGAAUUUCAGAGGAAUGACGGUAUCCUCCUUCUCGACUGUGACGCUCACACCCACGCCGAUUAUCUCAUUCAAUAUACGCAGGCCAUCUCGGACACUAGAUGCAAUACGCCAGUCUCGCCAGUUUCUCAUACAUGUUCUUUCUGCUACGGAAGCUGGGGCAAAUGUGGCACAUGGUUUUACAAAGGGGAAUUCAACGGAUGUAUUCGCGAAGCAGCAGUUUGCCGUGUGGAAUGUCGGGAGCAAAUACCCUCUGCCAUUACUAUCUUCUCCAGGCGUCACGAAGGUGCUGAGAUGCAAGCUAAGGGACGUAGGAGAGGGUGCAGGCUUGAUUGAGGUUGGUGACCACGUUCUGGUUCUGGCAGAUGUGGAGAGCAUCAUUGAGCCGCCGCCAACGAAGGAUGCGGCGACCUUGGAGGAUAGAGGACUGUCAUAUCUCGAUCGAGCUUACAGGGAAGUUGGGAAGGUUAUACAAGUGCUAGACCCAGCGGAAAGUGAAGAGCUGGAGAAGCAAUGAUGAUGGGUUGAAUGGCCCCUGUACCACCGUCUGCUAGACAACUACAUGUAUAUUAUUGUUAAAAUAUUGGAAAUAAUACCAGAGUAAUUUUAUGUUGCCACCAC